AUGUGUCCCAGGCAGGUCAACACCGUUACCCUCCAUACCAUUACCAUCAACACCAUUACCUUCAACACCAUUACCUUCAACACCAUUACCCUCCAUACCAUUACCAUCAACACCAUUACCAUCAACACCAUUACCUUCAACACCAUUACCCUCCAUACCAUUACCAUCAACACCAUUACCUUCAACACCAUUACCCUCCAUACCAUUACCUUCAACACCAUUACCUUCCACACCAUUACCAUCAACACCAUUACCUUCAACACCAUUACCCUCCAUACCAUUACCUUCAACACCAUUACCUUCAACACCAUUACCCUCCAUACCAUUACCAUCAACACCAUUACCUUCAACACCAUUACCCUCCAUACCAUUACCUUCAACACCAUUACCUUCCACACCAUUACCAUCAACACCAUUACCUUCAACACCAUUACCCUCCAUACCAUUACCUUCAACACCAUUACCUUCAACACCAUUACCCUCCAUACCAUUACCAUCAACACCAUUACCUUCAACACCAUUACCCUCCAUACCAUUACCAUCAACACCAUUACCUUCAACACAAUUACCCUCCAUAUCAUUACCAUUAACACCAUUACCCUCCAUACCAUUACCUUCAACACCAUUACCCUCCAUACCAUUACCUUCAACACCAUGACCUUCCAUACCAUUACCUUCAACACCGUUACCCUCCAUACCACUACCAUCAACACCAUUACCUUCAACACCAUUACCCUCCAUACAAUUACCAUCAACAACAUUACCUUCAGCACCAUUACCCUCCAUACCAUUACCUUCAACACCAUUACCCUCCAUACCAUUACCAUCAUCACCAUUACCUUCAACACAAUUACCCUCCAUACCAUUACCUUCAACACCAUUACCUUCAACACCAUUACCCUCUAUACCAUUGCCUUCAGCACCAUUACCUUCAACACCAUUACCUUCAACACCAUUACCCUCUAUACCAUUGCCUUCAACACCAUUACUCUCCAUACCAUUACCUUCAACACCAUUACCCUCUAUACCAUUGCCUUCAACACCAUUACCCUCCAUACCAUUACCUCCAACACCAUUACAUUCAACACCAUUACCCUCCAUACCAUUACCUUCAACACCAUUACAUUCAACACCAUUACCCUCCAUACCAUUGCCAUCAACACCAUUACCUUCAACACCAUUACCUUCCAUACCAUUACCAUCAACACCAUUACCCUCUAUACCAUUACCUUCAACACCAUUACCAUCAACACCAUUACCUUCAACACCAUUACCCUCCAUAUCAUUACCCUCCAUACCAUUACCAUCAACACCAUUACCCUCCAUAUCAUUAUCUUCAACACCAUUACCCUCCAUACCAUUACCCUCCAUACCAUUACCAAAAUAUAA